CUGGAAGGAACUACUAGUACAAAAUGAUUCUUUAAUCUACUGUUCCAAAAGAAAUCCCCUGAUAGGACUUUGAAUCUCUUCUUUUGGUGGUCUCCACUAAUUCGUAUAUCAAUGUGUUUCCUGAAUUUGUACAAGUAGGAGUACUUUUCUUUGCCAACACUUUUCUUUCCCAACACAUGAACAUAAAUGCACAUGGUUCUCAAAAUUCUUGAUAGACACAAGUAUAGAAAGAACUGAGCCAGUUUCUAGUUGCAUAACAAGUCUGCAAGUCAACUGUUCUAUGUGACCUCCUAAAUCUUUCAAACUUAUUCACUCUGGCCAUGAGCUUGCUUAGAGGUGAAGAAUUUGAUCCAUGUUUCCUGUCAUCUAUAGAAGAAGAUCUAUUGAUUACGAAGAUUCUCCGAACCCAUGAUCCUAAUUAUCGUUAUAAGAUAGAUGCUGGCCAAUUGCUUCUUGUUGUUGAGAGCACCAUGCAUUACAUCUCACCUAAGUUAUCUUAUCCUCAAAGCAAUUGUAUAAAUUCAUGGAAUGUAGAAGUGUUUGGGUUAGAGGAAAAGCUUGGAUACACCAUUAAAAAGAUAUCACAUGAGAUUCUCUGUAAAUGCUAUGAGGAUGGAGGAGACUUACAUGAAGAAACUAUGAUGUUGUUUGAAACUUUAGGCCCUUUCAAAUGGGAUGCUAAAGUAGUUUUAACACUAGCAGCAUUGGUUUCAAUGUAUGGCGAGUUUUGGCUGAUAAUGCAGCUAGUUCAUCACAAUUCUCUUGCAGCUUUAACUGCAGCACUUAAGCAAAUGCCUAGACGAUUAAACACGUUAAAGAUACAAUUUAAAGCUUUGAACUUAUUGCUUGACACUAUGAUAGAGGCAGCAAAUCUUGUCCUCAACUUUGAAGGCCUGCCUUUGCAACAAGAACUUUUGGAUGAUGAGGCAAUUGUUGUUACAAAGUCAAAGAUGUACAUAACAAUCUACUGGAUUUUAAGAAGCUCGAUCUCAUGCGCUUCUCAGAUUGCAGAUUUCAGGACCAUGAAAGAUAACCAAGUGCAUUCGAAUUCAACAACCAUUGCUGCAUGGACUCUCUUCAGCUUGGUAUACAAGCUAAGUGGCUUAUGCAAUAACCUCAGAAAGAAAUUACAUACAUGCCAAAUGCAAAUAGAUAGAAGGUUUCCUGGAAAGAUACGCGAUCUUUUCAAAGUGUCCCAUUUUCACAAUCAAAAGGUGCUUCGGGUGUUAUUCUCUUUGAAGAAUGACCUACCGUUAAAAGAUAGCUCAGGAGAAAAGUAUUAUGGCAUCCAAGAACUGGAAAAUAAGGUGGUCAUACUCUUGAUCUCAAAGCCAGAGCUCUUUACUGCGGAGAAAAUAUUUUAUCUAGUGCAACGAAUUCAUGAUCAUCCCUUACAUAAAAAAUUCGGGGGAAGCUAUGCAAUUUUAUGGGUCCCAAUUCCAUCUUCACACACCUGGAGUUUGACUGAUGAGAUGAAUUUCCAGUUUCUGUCAAAUUCUUUGCCCUGGUUCUCAAUCCGAUGCCCGUGGUUACUUCAUUCGGCCGUGGUAAACUUUAUUAGACAAGAAUGGAACUAUAAAGACGAGCCCAUAAUGGUAGUAUUAAGCACUGAUGGUGUUGUCACAAACUUAAAUGCUAUUGAUAUGGUAUGGCUAUGGGGGGCCAAAGCAUUUCCUUUUUCAGCCUCAACAGAAAAAGAGCUGUGGGAAAAGGAAAACAGGAUCUCACAUCUUUUAAUUGAUGGGAUUGAUCCUUUAUUGACCAGUUUGGUAGAGGAGGGUAAACAUUUUUGCAUCUAUGUAAGUGAUAACAUUAGUUGGAUAAGAGAAUUUAACGACACAUUAAAGAAAAUCAGAAGCGCUGGAAUUCAAUUUGAAGCUAUUUAUGUUGGCUAUAGAAAUCCAUCUAAAGACGUAGGGAACAUUUUAGACAUCAGCAUUGAAGCAAAUACGAGUAUUUUCCUAUCUACGACGAAGAUGAAGUUGUUCUGGCUUAGGCUGGAGAGCAUAAAGAACUCAGUCAAUAGACUAGAACAGGCAGGUCACCAUAGCAGCAGCUUACAACAAGUGUUAAGAUUGCUAGAUGCAUGUGAAACUUCCAAUGAUUGGGUGAUAAUUGGAAAGGGAUCAUCAACUGAUGUAAUAAUCCUCAAGGGGAGAGAAGUUCAAGAAUGUUUAAAUAUUCUUCCAGAAUUAGCUGACAAUGACGCGAAAUUAGGGUUGUUUGGUGCUGUUAGAUGUGCAAUGGGGUCUCCUUUGCCUGUUAAACCGUGCUAUCACGAUGAGAUCCUUCCAUCUGAAGAAGGAUUGACUGAAGAAACUGUAUUUUGCUCACGCUGUAAGCGUCCCGUGGAGAAGUUUGUUGUCUACCAAUGUAAUGUAACAGAGCCAGCAGAAUAGUAGGCCAAGAUUGAUUUAGCUUUGGAAAUAAUAUAUCAGAACUGAUUUUCAUAGUGGGGUUAAAAGGUUUUCUUAUUACAUAGAACUUUUACAUAAUCAUUGUGAAAAAGGCAUUCUGAUGAAUGAUCUGUACUGUCACCCCUAAUGUCAAAUUUCAAGAAAAAAAAUGUAAUGCAGUACCAUGCAUCUUUUUUUAUUUUUACAUAUAUUUCUGAUAAAAUUGUCUUAAUGAGAAGCUGAAACAAAAGAUACUUUUAUUUAAGUUUUGGAAAA